AUAGGCUCCACGUAUUGAUAACUUACGUAACAGCGACCGGAUCUAUUGCAUUAUCUGUUUACUUUUAGAUUUAGCUGUUAAUCGAGUGUCUAAUAAAUGUAUGCGCAGACUAUCUGUCUAUUGCCAUUCUCUUUGUAUUUCCAAGUGUUAUCUUGAGGCGCAACAAAGGGACUGUGUACUGUUUUAUUGCUGAAGAUUUUCAGCUGAACUCCCAUUUUUCUACGCUGGCCAGCAUCCACAAAAUCUACCACACCCUGCACAGGCUGAACCUGACGGAGGACGUUGGACAGGACGGUCACUCCACAGCCUGCUGCUCCAGAACCAUGCCUCCUAGGAAAAAGAGGAGACCCACUACUGGAGAUGACCUGUCAGCCAAGAAGAGUCGCCAGGACAGUGUUUUUAGAAAACAUGAGGCACCACAAAUCCGAGAGGAAGAGACCUUCUCCAGUAAAAGAUGUCUGGAGUGGUUCUAUGAGUACGCAGGUGAGACACAAGGCUGUGAUGAUGUUGUGGGGCCAGAGGGAAUGGAGAAGUUCUGUGAAGACAUUGGAGUGGAACCAGAGAAUGUGGUGAUGCUGGUUUUGGCCUGGAAGCUGGAUGCCCAGAGUAUGGGCUACUUCACCCUACAGGAAUGGUUGAAAGGCAUGGGCUCCCUGCAGUGUGACUCCACAGAGAGGCUGAGAAACUCCCUGGACUACCUGAGGUCUGUCCUAAACGACACCACCAACUUUAAGCUCAUUUACAGAUACGCCUUCGAUUUUGCUCGGGAAAAGGACCAGAGGAGUUUAGACCUGAACACAGCCAAGUGCAUGCUGGGGCUUCUCCUGGGGAAGACGUGGCCACUGUUUCCUGUGUUUAAUCAGUUUUUAGAGCAAUCCAAGUAUAAGGUUAUCAACAAAGACCAGUGGUGCAACGUUCUAGAGUUCAGCAGGACAAUCAACCUAGACCUCAGUAACUAUGACGAGGAUGGAGCCUGGCCAGUUUUGUUGGAUGAGUUUGUGGAAUGGUACAAAGAAAGAGAGAUGUCAUAGCAUUAGGUACACUGCAACAAAACCACAUUAUAAUACAACGGCGAUGACAUAAACGGCUAUGAGAACUAAAAACAAACAAUACAAAAUGGGAGAGGUGCUUGUCAGUGAUGACAGGUGGUGCAUCCAGGUAAUGAUAGUGAUGUGGUUUG